AAAAAAAAACAUUAAAUCUCUGCCGUUUUCUCUCCUCCUGGUACCUUCCUUCACUUUCUUCCAUAUAAACCUCACUUUUUCUCAACUUCAUUCACCAAACCAUAGCUCUAUCUCCUUCUCACUCUAUUUACGAAGGAUCAAAGUCUCAAGCUUUUGAUGGAGAAACCCAUAUAUUAAAAUUUAACAAAGUCCGAGAAGGACCAACUACUAAUCUUUUGAGUCUAGUUGUUUGAUAAGAAUCCAACUUGCUUCUUUUUUUUUCAUAAUUUUUCACAAAAAGACAUAUAUUAAUAUAUUACUAAUGGGUUCUACUAUCACCAUUUCGAUCCUUGUUCUUGUUCUUCUUCUUGGGUUGGUUCAGCUUGCAGUUUCAGGACACGACUAUAAACAAGCUCUGAGCAAAAGCAUUCUAUUCUUUGAAGCUCAGAGGUCAGGACACCUUCCUCCCAACCAGAGAGUUUCAUGGCGAUCUCACUCCGGUCUUUACGACGGCAAAUCAAGCGGCGUGGAUCUAGUUGGAGGAUACUAUGACGCCGGAGACAAUGUGAAGUUCGGGCUUCCGAUGGCAUUCACGGUUACCACAAUGUGUUGGAGCAUCAUAGAAUACGGUGGCCAGCUAGAAUCUAACGGCGAACUUGGCCAUGCCCUUGACGCCGUUAAGUGGGGAACUGAUUAUUUCAUUAAAGCCCACCCUGAACCUAACGUCCUCUAUGGAGAGGUGGGAGAUGGUAAAUCGGACCAUUAUUGUUGGCAAAGGCCAGAGGAAAUGACCACUGAUCGUAAGGCUUACAAGAUUGAUAGGAACAAUCCUGGUUCGGAUCUUGCCGGAGAAACAGCUGCCGCAAUGGCUGCCGCUUCCAUAGUUUUUCGCCGCUCUAAUCCAGCAUACUCAGCCGAGCUAAUUUGUCACGCCCGUCAGCUAUUUGAAUUUGCGGACAAAUACAGAGGCAAAUACGACAGCAGCAUUACCGUGGCACAAAAAUACUACCGAUCAGUCAGCGGUUACAAUGAUGAGUUACUCUGGGCUGCUGCGUGGCUAUACCAAGCAACCAAUGAUAAAUAUUAUGUAGAUUACCUCGGCAAAAACGGCGACUCGAUGGGCGGUACGGGCUGGUCGAUAACGGAAUUCAGUUGGGACGUUAAGUAUGCGGGCGUUCAAACCCUUGUCGCCAAGGUUUUGAUGCAAGGGAAAGCAGGAGAACACACUGCCGUCUUCGAGAGGUACCAAGAGAAAGCAGAACAAUAUAUGUGUUCGUUGUUAGGUAAAGGCACCAAAAACAUAAAGAAAACUCCCGGCGGUUUGAUUUUCCGGCAAAGCUGGAACAAUAUGCAGUUUGUCACGAGCGCUUCUUUCUUAUCCGCCGUGUACUCCGACUAUCUCUCCUCCUCCAAAAGAGAUCUACGUUGUUCUCAAGGAAACAUUUCUCCAUCCAAACUCCUUGAUUUUUCUAAGUCACAGGUGGAUUACAUCCUCGGAGACAACCCAAGAGCGACGAGUUACAUGGUUGGAUAUGGAGUGAACUAUCCACGACAAGUUCAUCACCGUGGUUCGUCGAUUGUCUCCUUCAAUGUUGAUAAAAAGUUUGUGACUUGCCGUGGUGGUUACGCCACGUGGUAUAGUCGAAAAGGAAGCGAUCCAAAUGUUUUGACCGGAGCUAUAGUGGGUGGACCCGAUGCCUACGAUAACUUCGCUGACCAACGGGACAAUUACGAGCAAACCGAACCAGCAACUUACAACAAUGCACCUCUUCUUGGUGUACUAGCCCGGUUAAUUUCCGGUCCAAGGGGAUCUGACCAGCUGCUCCCCGGUGGUAGUCCAACUCCAAGUCCGGUUGUCAUAAAACCAGCACCGUUACCAAAAAAGAAACCCACAACACCUCCUGCAGCUUCAUCUCCUAGUCCAAUUACCAUAUCGCAGAAGAUGACAAACUCAUGGAAGGACGAAGGAAAGGUUUACUAUCGAUAUUCAACGAGGUUAACCAAUAGAUCUACAAAAACAUUGACAAAUUUGAAGAUAUCAUUCACCAAACUCUAUGGUCCAAUAUGGGGUGUAACCAAAACCGGUAACUCGUAUGGUUUCCCUUCAUGGAUCCAAUCGUUACCGGCAGGCAAAAGCAUGGAGUUUGUCUAUAUCCACUCAGCUCCACAGGCAAAUGUCUUGGUUUCUAACUAUUCUUUGGAAUGAGUAGAAGAGUUUUGGUGUGUGAGACCGGUUUACUUGCUUGUAAACUUGUUCAGCUGCUUUUGAAAAUAUUCGGGUUAGUUUUACCGAUCGGUUAGGAUUUUGGGAGGAUGAGAAAGACGAAUUCUCUAGUUUGUACUUUGUACACAUAGAGAGAGUUUUGAGACUGUAAAACUAGGCAUAAUUCUGUUUCUUGUAAUUCAAAAGCUUUUUCUCCUUUUUUAGUUUAUAUAUUUAAAUUUCUUCAA